AUGUCCCUCCUGCAGGAGGGGGCCUGCUUUGCCUCGUCAUUCACCAAAGUGGCAGAGGAAUUCACAGCAGCUGUGGCUUCUACACCUUGCAAGGUGUACCGAGUCCGCCGGACAAAGAUAAGGCACUUGCCUUAUUCAUUUCGGCAGAGCCUGGAGACAUGGGUGGAGAAGAUCAUGAACAGUCGAGUUCACUUAUGCAAAGGCGUGCCGCCUGAGCAUCCACUGGUGACAGCCAUUCUGGAUCCACCCAAGAAGCGGCCGCAACCGCGGAACUCACUUCUGGAUACAACGUCCCGACCGCUGCUGGGAAAGAUGCGCAGCAUCCAGGUGCAGAGUCUUCCCGAUUUGCGCGGGAAGCCACCUCCUGGAAGGAUGCACGAGAAGGGCUCCUCAAAGGGGAAGGGCUUCUUGCCCCUCGUGGAGAUACAUCACAGAGAGACGGAACUGCGACCUGCUGAGGUGAGAAACCGUGGCAUGCUGAGCGCUGGCGAGAUGCAUGAGCUUUGGCGAUGCGUGGAAUUGCAAUAUGCUCCGCCUUCUGGAAUGUGGCCGCGUAGAAGACUGGCCUACUGCCUCACGACGCGUCCGGACUUCCAGGAAGACAAGUGGCGGCAAGUCGCUCACGAAUGCGCCACUCCGUUUGCACCGAUUCCCCGUGAAACCGUCGAGCUGGUAACGUUUGUCCUAGACAAAUUCGUUGCGAUGUGA